GACAGUUCUUAAUGACUGAUAUUGAUAUAUGGUAAUUCCUUAACCGGAUCACAUGACACAAUUACCUCAAGAAUCGAUAAAGAUGAAUUGCACGUCAGCCUACGUUUCCGAUUUUUUCUCCAUCGCGGGUCCUUUCCACGCGCCUAUGGUGCAAUAGAUAGACAAAGUUUAACACACUCGAGCUGCCAAUUCUAUUUCGCUAUAGCAAUAGUGUGAAGGGGAGAGAUGGCGGAGUACGAUGAGCGUGGCAACUGUGCGUCAAAUAUGUAUUUACCGAGUUGUACAUAUUACGUUUCGGCGCCUGAUUUUUCUUCAGUCUCCUCGUUUUUACCCCAGACUACUUCGUGUCAAAUAAAUUUUCCUUAUUCUUCCAACAUAGCUCAAGUCCAACCUGUUCGAGAAGUGGCUUUCAGGGACUAUGGACUCGAUCACCCAAACAAAUGGCAUUACAGGGGCAAUUACGCUUCUUACUACUCAACGGACGAGAUAAUGCACCGAGACUUAAUCCAGUCGUCGAACAGGGCGGAAAUGAUAUUCAAAAAUGAUUCCUUGUACGGCCAUCACGGCGGUACGAGUUCGCCAUGCAAUUUCUUCACCAAUGUCGGCCGAAAUGGGGUUCUUCCACAAGGGUUCGAUCAGUUCUUAGAGACUGUUAACUCUGAGAAGCCCAACCCUGACGACUCAAAACAAAAGACACACUCCAGUCUCCCCGGAGAUGCUGCAUGUAAUCAACAGACUUCAGAUAGGCCUACAUCUGAGGAGUCUAAACGAGACCCAACUGAGGACAUAGACGAAGAUGAUUCUUCGAUAUCAAACUGCGCUGUGGACAAGAACAACGGCCCAAGUUCUUCAAAGUCCAGAAAAAAGAGAUGUCCCUACUCCAAAUACCAGAUCCGAGAACUUGAACGAGAAUUCUUUUUCAAUGUGUACAUAAACAAGGAGAAGCGGCUCCAGUUGUCAAGGAUGUUAAACCUGACAGAUCGACAGGUGAAGAUUUGGUUCCAGAACAGAAGAAUGAAAGAGAAAAAGCUCAACCGGGACCGGCUUCAGUAUUUCACUGGGAAUCCCUUAUUCUGAUCUUUUGCAUUUGGAGUCAAUAGUUGCUAAAUGCUUCACAACAGAUUGAAUAAAGAGUUUUGGGGGGGGGCAUCUCAUAAUCUAUCAAAACAACAGAAGGUGAAACACCGCACAGCAUACUGAACAUUGCAAACAGGCUGGAUCUAUCUAUGCAAGGCUCUUGGCAUCUGCCACUUAAAUACUUACCUCAAUGAACACAUGAAUCCUGUUAUUUAAAAUAAGAUUCAAACCAGUGAAGAAAUCAUCCAGGAGACCUCGUCAUAAUGUCAAUUUGUAUAUCAUUAUGCUAAUUAAUUAUAAUCUCUAGGCUAUGUAUGUCUUUUUUAUUUAUUUAAGUUUACAUGGUGGCGUUUGAUGGAUUCGAAAAUAUUGCAGUAAGCAACGCGUACUUUGCGUAGAGUAAUCAAUCAAGUAGGCUACAAUAAGUAAUUUAUAAUAGUAGAAUUGUGUAUGCAUUUAGUAGACGCAUGUGAUGUAUAUUGUGGUUAUGUGGUAUCAAAAUAAAGUACACGUGGCAAAUGUAGUUAUGCGUUACCUCAAAUAAUUGCAAUCACAAGGAACUAAUUUUGUAUAGCUCAGGAUCCACAUUUGGCAUAGAAAAAAAGU